GAGCACACUAUGCGAAACACGUGAAAUAAAUUUGCAAAAUCGAACAUUGAAUAAAGUCUCCGUCACGUUGAAGGCAAAUCGUGCGCAGUCAUGCCCGCUGCUUCGUCAAAACCGACCCCUCAAAAUGCCCCGAAAGAGGCCCCAGAUUUCCCCACCCAACUGGUGGCCAUGAUAGAGAAGAAGAUCCGGAAUCUGGAGAAGAGAAAGUUGAAGUUGCAGUCGUACCAGGACAUGGUCAAGUCCGGCCAAGAGUUGACCAAGGAUCAGAUCCAGGCGGCCUCCCACUUUGAUGAGGUCUGCAGCAACUUGGACUUUGCCAAGGAACUCCAGAAGAACUUCCAGACCACCAUCAAUGACAAUAACAAGGUGCUGAAGAAGCUGGCCAAGCGUGAGAACGCACAACGGCACGAGCAGGAGCUGCAGAGAAUCCGCGACAUCAUACUGCUCAACAGCGUCUUGAACAACUUGGGCACGGACCACGUCCGGAACGACUUCCUGGCCGGUGCAAAUGGAGCUGUGAAAUUAACGGACGAUCAAGUGAACCAUCUUGAUGAGUUCUACAAGUUGGUCAUUCCGUCACGAGAAGACGACGAAGAGAGCGAAGGCAAGGAAAAGAGUUCGGUAAGCUUCGAGACCAAACUGACGGAGGCCAGCGAACACUUGGACAGUUACAUCAAGGCAGACAAGAAGGAAGUUCUGGGAACGACCUACAAAGAGUUGAAGGAGCUGGUCCAGGAGAUUAACAGCUGCGGUUACCUUGACAACAUCCCGGCCCCGCCCGAAGAGGAACCUGCCGGAGAGGGGGAGGAGGAUGCCCCGCCCCCUCCCACACAGGGAUCAGGUAAUGAUGAGGAAACAGCGGAGGAGGAUUACAUCGUGGUUCAGCAGGACCAGGUCCCCUCACCUGAGGCCCCGGAGGUGGUUUCGUCCCUCCCUCCGGCCGUCCUGCCCCCUCAAGAGCCGGAACCUCCGAUGUCCCGCGAUUCCCGCGUCGCGGCGCCUGCGGUGGACCAGGAGGCCUUCCCUAAGCCCAUUGAGAUGCCGCCCCAGAAGCUGAAGAGCCAGGGGUCUGACGUGCUGGCCUCGGUCCAGCAUGGAAGCUUCAACUUCAUGCAGGACUCUAUGCUGGACUACGACUCUCCACACAUGGACCCGGCGGUCGUAGCUACCGGCCAGUCCUACCACCCAUCCCAAGGCUACAGCGCCCUCAACCACCAGCAAGCUGUCAAUGAGCAAUCCAUGCAGCAACAUCAAAGUAUGGACCAGCUCUCCCAGGCCCAAACCAUGGACCUCCCCCUCUCAGACCCCGCCCACCCUUCCCCGCUUCCCACACACCCGGCUUACGAAGCCCAAUCGGGUCUGGUUUCGGACCCGGGUUACGGCAUGGCCUCGCCUUUCGAGACCCAACAGCAGAAGCAACAGGCUAGCUUGGCACAACAACAACAACAACAACAACAACAGAGUCUCGGGCACCAAGGCCUCGGCCAGCAGAGCUUGGGCCAGCCGGGAAGUUUACCCGGCCAGCGCGGCCAGCAGAGUGGUCUCGGCGUUCAACAAACUUUGGACACAAUGUCGCAGUCACAGACAAUGAUGUCGACGCAACAACAGCAGCAGCAGCAGCAACAGAAGCGCAACGACUUACCUGAAUUCCCCAGUCCGCCUGCUGACGCACAACUCACAAAAUCAGAGGAAACAUCCUCCAGUUUGCAAGCAUCGAUGCUCGGCCAGCACUCUGCUGGCAUGGGUACCGGGAGCAGCUAUUCACAGACGCUAUCAGCGGACCCAGCAAGCCAGCACACGAACCAAAUGGUCCCCCCGCCCUCUCUCACCGACCACGCCCCUGCCACACUGCAGCACCACGACAUGACGGCGGCCCAGGCCCACCCCAACGCGCAAGCGCAGAAAUCCACCAUGAACGCCAGCGCCCCCGUGUUCCAGAUGACCAACUCGUCGCGCUCCUCGCCGCAGAUGCAAGCCAUGCAGCAGUCAGCCAUGGACCAAUCGCAGACGGAGAUGGGGACAUUCCAGUCAGCGGACGCCACCCCUCCUACGGCAGCCUCCGCGGAGAAGCCGACGGAUAGAGACAGCCCUAAGCCAGAGACGACGGCGUCAACGAUGGCGUCGCAGCAGAGGGAGCAGGAAGAGAGCCCGGAACAGCCGUCGGAUAAUCAGUCCAGUGACUCACCAGGCCAAUCGUCCUAUUCCUCCUACCAAUCCUACCAGUCCAGUUCAUCCUACCGUGGCAACGGGAGGGGCAACCCCCGCGGGGCCCGGGGCACCAUGAACAGCACCGGUUACCGAGGCGGGAACCGGGGAGGCGGCAUGCCGUACAUGAGCGCACGGUCUGCGGGACGGUACCCGUCCAACCCCAACCCAAACCCAAGGGGCCCUGGUGGGUACAACUCCUACCUCCCAAGAGAUAACUUUCAGCAGAGGGCGCCAGACAUGCCGUACGGCAACACCAACCCCAACUUCAACACCUUUAACCGGCCGCAGGACCCCAACUUCAACACCUACAGCAGGAGACCGGGCCCACCACGGGGAUCACCCAGAGGAACGCGUGGAGGUCCAACCGGGGUCAGAGGUCAGGCCAACUUCCGAGGUCGGGGCGGUAGCAGCGGUUUCAAGCCCCAGUCGUCGCAAGUGACCGUGUAGUAGGAGAUGCUAAGCCUUGAUUUGACCGAUCCAUUAAGCCCAUUCUCGUGGUGUGUUUUGACCAAUCACAGUUGUACAAAAGUCGGCCAUGUGUAUGAUGCGCACAGCUGGAACAUGCAGUGUGGCAUUUGAAAUGCGCAUAGUUGCCCACGUGGGCGGAGCCUAAUGAAUCGGUCUAUUGAAUUCUGGAGGGAGGCAAACUUCAGAGAAUAUCAAACUUUAGAGAAAGCAAGGCUUUAGAGGACAUUACCUCUCCCCCUCACUUCAGCCCCUCCCCCCUCACUUUAAGUACUCCCCCUCACUUCAGCACCUCCCUCUCACUUUAUUCCCUCCCCUUCACUUAAACCCCUCCCCUCUCACUUCAGCCCCUCCCCUCUCCAGCCUUUUCCUUGCUUCAGCCCUCCCCUAACGUUAAGCUCUUCCCCUAACUUAAGCCCUUCCCCCUCACUUAAGCCCCGCCCCCCUAUGUGAAACCCCUCCCUCUCUCUUAAACCCCUCCCCCUCUCUUAAACCCCUCCCCCGUUCCAUUUCUUCAAAGUCCCCACUUUAGUUUUUUUUAUAUAGAAAUAGUGCCCCCUGUAGAUCUCGUGCUCACAUCUUUCAGUAAUGGAGUCCCAUCUGCGGCGGCCAUAUUGGACCGGUUUCCCAAAUCCAUGUUUGAAAUCAUAGUGAACCUGUGAUUCGGAAUGAUGUCACAGGGACCAGACUAUUUUGUCUGAUGGUGAUAUGCAUUGUAUGCUGUGCAUGCAUUAGUGUCUGGGUCCCUAAAGACAUCACAGUGUUUUGCACUUAUUUCUUAAUAUUACAUUAGAAUAACCCAAUAUGGAAACCAAUAUGGCUGUCACAAGAAACUGAGUUUGAAUGCCAAAAAAAAAAA